AUUGAAGUGGGAAGUACCUAUACUUCAGAGGUGAAAAACCAAGUGUGCAGCAUUGAGGCGCUUAUUCCAGAAGACCCAACAUCAUCGCCAAUUUUGGAAAAUGAUCCAGAAACAAUUCGCACAAAUUCAUCGCAACAUGUACAAAAGCUAUUAGAAAGUUUGAAGCAAUUUGUUGAAGAAGAUCCCGACCAACCGAUAAAAGGUUUGAUUUUUGUUAGAGAGAGAAACACAGCUCGUAUCUUAUGCAGUGUGGUAAGAGAUUUCUUCCAAGCUUAUCCGGAAUUGAAUGUCAACGUGGAUUUUAUGGUCGGCCAAAAUUCCAAUAUGUCUGACCCAGUUGAAACUUUGAUUGGCAACAAAAAUAACAACAAAGUAUUGGAGAAAUUUAAGACAGGCGAAAUUAAUUUAAUCAUCGCUACUAACGUGCUGGAAGAGGGCAUUGACUUACAAGAAUGUAAUUUAGUCAUUUGUUAUGAUGAACCGCUUCACUUUCGAGCUUAUCUGCAAAUGAAAGGACGGGCUCGUAUGAGGAACAGUCAAUAUGUGAUUAUGACAAAUGAGAAGAACAAGCUUCAGAAAAAGUUAAUCGAAUGGCGAGAAGUUAGCGAAAUUUUACAGCAACACUUGACAGACAUUGCAAUUGACCGAAAACCACCGGAGCAGGAUUGCAUCGAUAGAGCCACUGAGCAAAAAUACAACGAAUCAUUCUCAACCGACGAUGGAUUGGCGAUCGUUGAUUACCACUCGGCCAUUCCGUUGGUUUACCGAAAGAUAUGUUCACUUCUUCUGCUACCAAUCCAGUCACCGUUGAAAGAAAAAAUGACCGGAAAAACUUUACCUUCAUUGAAAUUGGCUAAAAAAAGUGUUGCCUUUGAAACCAUCAUGGAAUUAUAUCGCCUGGGUGAAUUAUCCAAAAAUCUACUCCCAAUCGACUAGAAAAAUUGCUUAAACCUACACAAAGACGUUUAUUUCAAGUCAUGGAAUCAGUUUGAGAAUGAUAAGCCAAAAGAGGCCGGAACAAAGAAACAUCAUCGACUGCACGAUAUUCAAGUUCCUGCAGCUCUCAUCGACAGCAUGCCACGAGUAAACAUACAGCUGUAUUUGUACGAAAUCCAAAUGAAUCCAGUGUCGGAUACUUUUAAUAUGAGCGACAAAAAUAUCAAAGUGUUUCACAAACUCCUCGAUGAAUCAUCACGAAGCUAUGGCAUUUUGACGGCAAAACCACUGCCGCGCAUGGCUUCAAUGAAAUUUAGUCAAUCAUUCGGUAAAAUUGCAUGCUCAGUUAGCUACGAACCCAGGCUUAUAACUCUAGGCAAUCCGGAAAAAUUGGCCGAACUUAAGCGGUUCCACUACAUCUUCUUCCGUUAUAUUUUGGGCAUUUGGAAGGAGUUUUUCGGGUAUGAUCACAAAGAUUCAUUCAUGAUUUGCCCAACGAACAAUAGUCAAAUCGACUGGAAUAUCGUUGAGCAGUUCCAAACUUGGUCGGAAUGUAAACCGAAAUCUGCAUCGGAACGUGAAAAUGUCGUCUACAAGGAAGAAGAUUGGUUGAACACAGUGGUUUGUCCAUGGUAUAUUCCACACCAAAAUGAGAAUAUGAGAUUUGUGGUUACUCACGUGCCACCAGAUAUGACACCGUACAGCCCAUUCCCAGAUGAGACAUACAAAAAUUUUGCAGAUUAUUCGGAGAAAAAAUAUGGUCAACGCAUCGAUCGCAUCGUUGAACCGAGCCAAUUUUUACUUGGUGUCAAACAAACGACAUCCAAUUUGAAUUGUAUAAUUCGCGGUGAUGGCGAAAAAAAUACACGCAUUGGAAGUGAUGUAAAUCUGAUUCCUGAAUUCUGUCAUAAUUUCCGUUUUCCAGGCGAUUUGUGGUUAAAAGCAAUCAUUAUUCCAAGUGUCCUACAUCGCAUCCCAUCCAUUCUGCAUGCUGAACAUUGGCGUGUUACCAUCCAAAAAUACGUUGGCCUUCCAACUGCCGAAUACACACCGUGUCCUUUGAUUGAAAAAAUGUCCAAAAAACUAAUUGAUCAACCAAAGAGUCAAAUUUCAAGCAAUCAACAAUACUUAGACGAUGAAGAAGUCACGACUUUGGCUGCCACCAAUAUUCCACGGUUAAAUGCUGAAACAGAACUGUUUGGAACAGAAUAUGGAAAUCUGAUUGACUUGCAACGGCACUUCGGCACCGCAUACGGGGUUGAUGUUAAAUAUUUUUAUAAUAUGAUAAGUAAAUUCAAGGUAAAACUAAGCAACAGUAACCGACUCUUGUCACCUCAACUCAAUCCGAAUGUGCCUGCUUUGUGUGAUGUCGAAAAUGAGGAGAAAUUGCAUAUCAAAAUCCUUGAUACAAAACUAUUCACACCCAAUGCUCGCGGCGUUGAACAGCACGAGCUGUUGGCGGCACUCUCAAGCGCUUCAUCGGCUGAUGUUUUCCACAUGGAAUUGUUCGAGGUACUGGGUGAUGCUUUCUUGAAAUUUGCCACAUCUCUGUACUUGAUCCAGAAGCAUAGCGAGUGGCAGGAAGGUUCAUUGACUACAAUCAAAGGUUAAAUCGUUGGUAAUCGCAAUCUCUGCUAUGCGGCGAUCCGACACAAACUACCUGGAAUGAUAAAAAUUCAUGACUUUAAUCCCAAAGUUGACUGGCAACCGCCUAUGUUCAAAGUUGAAGACCGUGUACAGGUAAAACAGAGUGCAUUGGAAAUGAUGGGCAUUUUACCGCGCGGCGAUAGGGAUAUAACCAGAAUGUUGGAAACAAAACUUUCUUCACCUCGCCUUCGUACUUCGAAUAUUUCUGAUUAUGACGUCGAUUCCUUUUUACCGAAUCAUAGGGAUCUCGAGAAAUCGAUCGGAUACACAUUCAAAGACCGUGCAUAUUUGUUGCAAGCAUUGACCCAUCCGUCGUAUCCAACGAACCGUGUCACCGGAUGCUAUCAACAACUUGAAUUUUUGGGCGAUGCUGUUCUCGAUUUCCUUAUCACGGCAUUCAUUUUUGAACGUUGUCCGGACAAGAACCCUGGACAAUUAACAGAUUUGCGAUCGGCACUCGUAAACAAUGUCACGCUGGCCUGUUUAUGUGUAAAAUACAAUAUUCAUAGACAUAUUCUAUCGCAGAGUUCGACUUUGAGCAACGCAAUCUAUGACUUCUAUGACAUUCAACUUAAAUUCAAUCAUAAGGUGGGCGAUCAUGUCGUACGAUUGAUGGAAGAACAAGACAUGGCCGAAUAUGUUGAUGUACCAAAAGCACUUGGCGACGUUUUCGAAGCAAUAAUCGGUGCCAUAUUCUUAGAUACUGGAAACGAUCUUGAGGCCACAUGGAUGGUUAUUUAUCGACUUAUGGAAGAGGAGCUAAACAUAUUCAUGGCCAAUGUACCGAUUCAAAAGGUUCGGCAGCUGUACGAAUUUCAAAAUGCAAAUCCAGAAUUUGAUAAACCGGUGCAAGACAAGGAGGGUAUUGUUAGUGUUGACCUUCGGUUUACCUGCAAGAAGGAACGAAAAUUGGUGUGUGGCCGUGGAGUCAACAAAAAGAAUGCUAAACGAGCCGCAGCUAAGAUGGCAUUAAUCAUACUGCACGGUUAAAAUUGCUUUGAAAAAUCUCCCUCGCUUAAGCGUAUUUUUGGCAUUUAAUCACGUUAGAAAUUACCCAGAGUUGGGUGUAAAUUUUUCAAUAUUACCAUAAAAAUGAUCCGAAAUUAUUAGAUGGAUGUUGAAAUCUUGGAGAUGUGUCGAAAUGAUUUCGGGUACGAACAAUUUUUUUAAAUAAUCGGUUAUCGAAAAACUGGUCUAUGCGUAGUCUCUAAACGUUGUAAUACUUUUUUUCAUAUGAUCAACGAAAAAAUAUAUAAUUCAAUCUGUUGUUCCGUCCCAAUGAAACGUCAAUAUCAUGUGAAUAUAAUUCUGUUCAAUUAUGUGUUUUUUAUUCAUAUGGGUAUUUAUAAAUAAAGUUUGCUAAGCUGACGAAUCAAAGUCAAAACAGUA